CAAAUUUUGGACUCGAGUAAUGUGACUCGAGUCUACAGCUCUGGUAUUUAGCAAAUUGAUUCAAUCUAAUUAUUCUGUAAUCUUAUUUCCCUUGUAGGCUAAAUGAUUGUGGCUUAACAGACAAAAGCUGUUCAGCUCUGGCUACAGUUCUUGGAUCAGAUACCAGUCUGAAAGAGCUGAACAUGAGCAAUAAUAAUCUGCAGGAUUCAGGAGUGAAGCUACUUUGCCAUGGACUGGAAAAUAUGAAGUGUCGUUUGGAGAUACUGAGACUUUCAGACUGCAGUAUCACUGAAGAAGGUUAUAAAGCUCUGGCUUCAGCUCUGAGAUCAAACCCUUCACACCUGAUAGAGCUGGAUCUCACAGGAAAUGAUCCUGGACAAUCAGGAGUGAAGGAGCUCAGUGAUUUACUACAGGAUCCAAACUGUCAACUCAAGACACUGAGGCUAAAUGAUUGUGGCUUAACAGACAAAAGCUGUUCAGCUCUGGCUACAGUUCUUGGAUCAGAUACCAGUCUGAAAGAGCUGAACAUGAGCAAUAAUAAUCUGCAGGAUUCAGGAGUGAAGCUACUUUGCCAUGGACUGGAAAAUAUGAAGUGUCAUUUGGAGAUACUGAGACUUUCAGACUGCAGUAUCACUGAAGAAGGUUAUAAAGCUCUGGCUUCAGCUCUGAGAUCAAACCCUUCACACCUGAUAGAGCUGGAUCUCACAGGAAAUGAUCCUGGACAAUCAGGAGUGAAGGAGCUCAGUGAUUUACUACAGGAUCCAAACUGUCAACUCAAGACACUGAGGUUUUUGGGUCCUGCUGCAGAUGAAGCCUGUCAGUAUGUGACUGGAAUUGUGGGUAAAAACCCGUUACUCCUGAGAGAACUGAAUCUGAGUGGACAUAAACUAGGAGACACACGAGUGAAUCUGAUCACUGUUCUACUGCAGGAUAAACACUGUCAACUCAACACACUGAUCUUCCAGCCUUCUUAGAAUAGAUUCAUACUA